GCGGUGAGACGGAGGAGGAGAUCCUCCGCGUGGACAUGCUGGAGAACCAGAUCAUGGAUUUCCGCAUGAGCCUGGUGAUGGUCUGCUACAACCCCGACUUCGAGAAGCUCAAGCCGGGCUACCUGGAGCAGCUCCCGGGGAAGCUGAAGCUCUUUUCCAACUUCUUGGGGGACAGAAAGUGGUUUGCAGGGGAAAAGCUCACCUUCGUGGACUUCCUCAUGUUCGACGUGCUGGACCAGAACCUCAUCUUCGAGCCCAAGUGCCUGGAGCCCUUCAAGAACCUCAAGGACUUCAUGGACCGCUUUGGG